AUGCUCAUGGUUCGGGUGCUGCAGUGGAAUGCUAGGAGCCUGAUGGCUAAUGGACAGGAGAUGAAACACUAUAUAAGGAAGAUGAAGAUACAGCCAGACGUAGUUUGUGUUCAGGAAACUUUUUUGAAACCUAGCUUAGAUUUUAAGGUUAGUGGGUAUAUGACAAUCAGGAGGGAUAGGAGUGAAGAAGAAGCAAGAGGAGGGUGCGCAAUAUUUAUUAGGCAGGGUAUUUCUUAUAGGUUGAUAGAAAGUGGGGAAGAGCAGGAAUAUAUAGUGGUAGAGUUGUGGGAGGGAGGGGAGGCGGUGGUUAUAGUUAACUACUAUAAUCCAGGGGGGAGGUUAAUAUUGGAUAGGUUAGUUAGGAUAAAAGGGGUUGAUAGACGAAAGGUUAUCUGGUGCGCAGACUUUAAUGCACAUAACACUUUGUGGGGUGGGAAACACACAGAUGUAGAUGGUAGGGUAGUUGAGGAGCUAAUGGAGGAGAGGGAAUUAGUAUGUUUAAAUGAUGGGAGAGGGACUAGAAUAGAUGUCAGAACAGGAAAUGAGUCAGCUAUAGAUAUUACAUUGGUAUCAGCAAGUUUGGCAGGAGUCAGUAAAUGGGAAGUGUUGUCAGGAAAGUCGCUAGGUAGUGAUCAUUAUUUAAUCAUGUGUACAGUAGGGGGAAGAGUGGAGGUGGGGGCGGGUAGGGGGCUCCUGAAAUGGGUGUACAGUAAAGCAGAGUGGAAUAAAUUUAGGGAGGUGAGUGAGGGUCUACUGGAGGUAGUUGAUACAAACAGGGAUGUUGAAGAAGUCAACAAUAGUGUUACAACAGCAAUAAUCACAGCAGCAACUCAAGCUAUUCCGAGGAGCAGAAAUGGAAGGACCAGGAAGUUAGUUCCAUGGUGGUCAGAGGAGUGUAGCAAGGCAGUGAAAGCCCGAAAUAAAGCAUUCAGAAAGAUUAAACAAAACCAUACUAUGGCAAGUCUGUUAGAAUAUCAGAGAGCACAAGCAUUGGUGAGGAGAGUAGUUCGACGCACAAAGAGGGAGAGUUGGAGACAGUUUUGUAAUGGUAUAGGGAGAACAACACCAGUAGGAGAAGUAUGGGGUAUGAUAAGGAAGAUGGGAGGGGACAGGAGGGAGUGGGAAUAUCCUGUAAUUACAGAGGAAGGAGAGACAGCAGUAAAUGAUAAGGAAAAGGCUGAGAUGAUAGCCAGGGCAUUUGCAAAGGUGCAUAGUGUAGACAAUCUGACAAUGGAGGGGAAGAGGAGAAGAGAGAUGACUCAGAGUAGAUAUCCAGGUGCUCUAGACAGGAGGACGGAUUCAGGGGGGGAGAUAGACACCAGAUUUACUAUGGCAGAGCUUGUGAGAGCGGUUAGGAAGGCAAAGCCUACAGCUCCAGGGGGAGAUCAGGUAAGCUAUGUAAUGCUGAAAAAUUUAGGGGAAAAGGGGAUGAACAGGAUGUUAGAAUUGUAUAAUAAGGUAUGGGAGGAGGGAAGGCUACCGAGUGUAUGGAAGGAAGCAGAGGUAGUACCGAUCAGGAAGCCAGGUAAGGACCCAUGCUCUCCUUCUAGCUACAGGCCAAUAGCUUUGACUUCGAACAUUUGUAAAAUUAUGGAAAGAAUGGUAACAGAGAGAUUGACAUAUGUGCUUGAAAAGAGAGGUACGCUGGCGAGAUGCCAAAGCGGAUUUAGAAAAGGUAGGAACACAAUGGACGCAGUGGUGAGACUAGAAAGUGAGGUGAGGAAGGCGCAGGCAAAUAAGGAAUCUGUAGUGGUAGUGUUUUUUGAUAUAGAGAAGGCAUAUGACAUGAUGUGGAAGGAAGGAUUACUGAUUAAGUUGCAGGGGAUGGGGAUUGGGGGCAGAGUUUUUAAUUGGGUAAAGGACUUUUUGAAUGAUAGGAAGAUUCAAGUUAGAAUAGGGUCAGAGAUAUCUAGUAAAUAUGAAGUAAGGAACGGCACUCCCCAGGGGAGCGUAGUUAGCCCACUAUUGUUUCUUAUCAUGAUUAAUGAUGUUUUUUCAGAGGUACCAGCAGAUAUAGGAAGCUCACUGUUCGCAGAUGACGGAGCACUGUGGAAGAGAGGGAGGAACACCAAACAUUUAGUCACUAAGGUGCAGACAGCGAUUGAUGGGGUGACAGAGUGGGGAUUAGAUUGGGGGUGUAGGUUUUCAGUAGAGAAGACUCAAACUAUAAUUUUUACCGGGAAGAGGGUGGGAGUAGAUGUGUCAUUGAGUAUGUAUGGUAGGCAACUGGAGAGGGUUGAGGCAUUUAAGUAUUUGGGGGUGGUAUUUGAUAAGAGGUUAACCUGGGCAGAUCAUAUUAAGCGGGUAGAGGGUAAGUGCAGGAAAGUGUUGAAUGUGAUGAGGUGUCUUGCAGGCAGAGAAUGGGGGGCGAGCUGUGAUGCAUUAAAAACAGUAUAUGUAGCUAUGAUUAGGUCAGUUAUAGAUUAUGGGUGUAUAGUUUAUGGAUCAGCAGCAAAGUCCCUUUUAGGAAAGCUAGAUACGAUCCAGACAAGUGCAUUAAGGAUCUGUAGUGGGGCCUUCCGGACGUCACCAGUGCCUGCAGUACAGGUGGAGUUGGGUGAGAUGCCGCUAUGCCUGAGGCGCAAACAUCUCAUAGCAAACUACUGGGUUAGUUUAAAGGGCAGCAGUGGUACCCACCCCACAAAAGGAGUGAUAGAGGAGUGUUGGGAGGAGGGGAAAGGUAAGAGGGAGCAUUUUGGUAGGAUGGGGAAUAGAAUAACAGCAGAGCUUGGGGUGGGGGAGAUGGAGGUAGACCUAACAAUAGUGUAUCCAGCAAUGCCACCAUGGAGAAUGAUAUGGCCAACAGUGGAUUGGAGUGUAAUGGGAAAGAAAAGGAAAGAGGGAGGACAGGUAAGCUUGGUCAGCGUAGUUAAUCAGCGCCUGAGGGAAGAAUAUAGCGGAUUUGUUCAGGUAUACACGGAUGGGGCAAAACAACCUGAGACGGGGGUGACAGGAUUAGGGGUAGUGGUGCCAUCGAGAGGAAUUGAAAUCAAUAGAAGGACAUCAGACGGUCUAGCUGUAAACACAGUGGAGAUGUUGGGGGUGAUGAUUGCACUGAAAUGGGUGGAAAAAGUUAGAGUAAAGAGGGUAGUUAUAUGCACGGAUUCAGCAUCAGUUUUAGCUAGCAUUAGAUCAUUCCAUUCAAGCAGCCGUCAGGGUUUAUUAUAUGAAAUAUUACAGUCAGUAACAAGAAUAGUACAGCAGGGGGGUCAGAUCAGUUUUUUAUGGGUUCCAGCACAUAUAGGGGUGGAAGGAAAUGAGAAGGCAGACGUGAUGGCUAAGGAGGCGUUAGGGAAGGAAUCAGUGGAGCUGAAUGUUAGGUUAAGUAAAGCGGAAGUUAAGAGUAUGAUAUGGGAAAAGCUUAUUCAAAUGUGGCAGAAGAAAUGGGAGGGUGAGAAGAGAGGAAGGCAUCUUUAUAAGAUUCAAGAAAGUGUUAAAGUUAGGAGGUUGGGUAGUGGACAGAGAAAGGAAGGGUCAGCAUUGAUAAGGUUGAGGUUGGGUCAUUGCGCAUUAAACAAAACACUGAAAAUGAUAGGGAAACACCAGACUGGGUUAUGUGAGGGAUGUCAGGUGGAGGAGUCAGUGGAGCAUGUACUAAUGGGUUGUAGGAGAUAUGAGAUGGAAAGGGGAGAGAUGAGAAGUAAGUUGAGGGAAUUGGGUAUGCAGGACCUUACACUAAAGGGAGUAUUACAGAUGGGGGACAGGGCACAUGUGAGAGUGUUAGUCGAGUUUUUAAGGGUGACGGGGUUGAUUGAUAGGAUUUAG